CUACCUACUAAUCUGAUGGCAUUGAAUGUGAUUUUGGUUGUGUUGCAAGCUAUCAUGGAUAAGAUUCAAAUCAAAUAUGCGUUUUAUUUUACAUUCUCUUUAGUAUGAAUAGUGCAGUGAUCGGUAUAAUUUGUUUUUUUGUCAGCUUGUCGGUUGUUUUGAAUCACAUGCGUGAAGUAGCGAAGAAUUAACAUCAUGGCUGUGCCAAAACAUGGAGAUGAACUACAAAAACCCGCGGAAGCGACAGAUGAUUCGAAUUCGAACGAUAAGCCAAAUUUGAAAGGAGAUUGGUUAAAUUUUUUCCUAUUGAUGUUACUGUAUACGAUGCAAGGUAUACCAUUAGGAAUUGCAUCAGCAAUGCCAAUAAUUUUGCAAAGCAACAAAAACGUGUCUUACAAAGAUCAAGCUUUAUUCAGCUUAGUGGCAUGGCCGUUUAGCUUAAAAUUAAUAUGGGCCCCUUUGGUAGACGCUCUGUACAUGCAAAAGCUAGGAAGACGAAAAUCUUGGCUGGUACCUGUUCAAUACUUAAUGGGAGCAUGCUUCAUUUAUAUGGGUAGCAAUAUCGAUGAAUGGUUGCCAGAAACGCGAAAACCGGACAUAUUGAAAUUAGUAAUUGUAUUUUUCUUUGCGAAAAUCUUGGCUGCCACGCAAGAUAUAGUAGUCGACGGUUGGGCAUUGACAAUGUUGAAGAAAAAUAAUGUUGGCUAUGCGUCUACUUGUAAUUCAACGGGUCAAGUGAUGGGUAUAAUGAUAAGUUCUGUGUUUUCUGUCUUGUUGACGUCAGAAGACUUUAGCAACAAGUACUUGCGGAUCAGGCCAGACGUAGGAGGAGUAUUUACUAUGAAAAGUUUAUUCUAUGUAUGGGGUAUUCUAUUUAUAUUAAUAACAACAUUGAUUGCAAUUUUUAAAAAAGAAAAAGAUAAUAGAUUAGAGGAUGACCACGUAAAGCUCAACAUUAUUCAAACUUAUUCACUACUGUGGGACAUUUUGAAACUACCAAGUAUUCAACUAUUGGUAAUAGCAUUGUUGACAGCUAAGAUUGGAUUUGCUGCAACUGACAAUGUGUCGAUUUUAAAACUCAUUGAUGCGGGAGUACCAAAAGACAAUAUUAUGGUCAUACACACAAUGAUGUUUGUUGUAAAAAUUAUUAUGCCGCUUAUUAUAGCAAAAUACACUUCUGGUCCAAAAACGAUGAACAUAUACCUAACAGCGAUACCCAUCAGAUUACUUUGGAAUAUUUCGUUUGUGGCAUUUAUUUAUUAUACACCAGUAAUGAUAACAAUGAUUAAUGGGUUUGUUAAUAUUCCAAUAUAUUACUAUGCACUUUUAGUAUUUAUAUUAGCAAUACAUGAUAUUCUAGAUAACAUUAUGUUUGUAACCAUGACAGCUUUUUUCUCGAGGAUAAGUGAUUCUCGUUUUGGUGGUACUUACAUGACAUUAUUGAAUACAUUUUCACAUUUGGGAGUAGCAUGGUCGAAAUCAGUCGCUAUUGGAAUGAUAGAUUUUCUAACGUUUAAAGAAUGUUCAUUAGAUCACAGCAAUAAUUGCUCUACGCCAAAUCUAAAAAACGUGUGUCAAACAAAUGGAGGUGAUUGUAAUGUUAUAGUGAGCGGUUAUUAUGUAGAAACAGCUGCAUGUACUAUGAUUGGAAUCGUUUGGUUUUGUAUUUUUAGAAUUAUCCUUAAGAACAUUCAAACUAAGGACUCUUCUCAUUGGUUGGUUAACAUAAAAAAACCUACCAGUUAGAAAAUUGAAAUGAAUGUAAAUUAAUAAUUGUCUAUGUUCUCUCAUAAUUAAGCCAUAGCCAUAGUGAGUGAACAUUUCGAAGAUCUAAAAGUCUAUUGUAAUUAUUGAUUAUUUUAGUAUUACAUAUAAAUAAUUGUUAUUGGGUUCUUUAUUGAGACUUUAAAUUUUAAUGUUAUAUAGUAAUGGUUAUCGCUUAUCAAUUAGUAUUAUUAGUUAAAUUGUACCAUACUCCUUACAUACCGGUUCGAUAAGAAUAAAGUUAAUCAUCGUGAUCUGGAGAUAUAAUUUAUCAAUGGCGAAAUCAAGAAAUUUUCAACAGACAUAUGAAUAGACAAGAUUUGUACUCAAAUGCAACUGUUGAACAACUUUUUAACAUUUCUUAUGACAUCGUUCGCCUCAAACGCCUGAAGCUGUAUACGACAUAGUUUAAGUCACUAAGGAAAUUUACUACAUCACUGGAGAUACUACUUUAAACAUACAUUAUGUAUAAUUAUUUUAAAUUAUACAUUCAUUGUGUAUUGUAUUUAUAAAUACUUCAAGUCAUUUAAAUAAAGAAACUUUUGGUUAGUUAAGUA